GUCCGUCGGCCGGUGAUGACGCCAUCAGCUCGCUCUGCCACGUCUCUCCAGGGCUGCUGUUAGAGAGUGUGAGAGGAAGGGGAGAGGGCAGGAAGGCUGUGUCCGAGGGGGGAGCCCGGCUCUGUGCAGGCUGCAUGGGACCAACAUGCAGCAAGUCCUGCAACAUGCAACUUCCCUGUGCUAGGCUGACCCCACAUACCUGUCCUGGGAGAGGGAUCCCAUGCCUGAGCUGCUGCACCCCCCUCUGCCUUUACAUGUGUGAGUAACUACAAUAAUAUAAUAAUAAUAUAUACUGUGUAUAAUAAUAAUAAUAUAUAAUAACACCCCCCCCCCUCUGCCUUUACAUGUGUGAGUAACUAUAAUAAUAUAUAUAUAAUAAUAUAUCAUAUAUACUGUGUAAUAAUAAUAUAUAAUAAUACCCCCCUCUGCCUUUACAUGUGUGAGUAACUACAAUAAUCUAAUAAUAUAUAUAUACUGUGUAUAAUAAUAAUAUAUAUGUAUAAUAAUAAUAUAUAAUAACACCCUCUGCCUUUACAUGUGAGUAACUAUAAUAAUAAUAUAUAAUAAUAAUAUAUACUGUGUAAUAAUAAUAAUAUAUAAUAACACCCUCUGCCUUUACAUGUGUGAGUAACUAUAAUAAUAUAAUAUAUAAUAAUAUAUCAUAUAUACUGUGUAUAAUAAUAAUAUAUAAUAAUACCCCCCUCUGCCUUUACAUGUGUGAGUAACUACAAUAAUCUAAUAAUAUAUAUAUACUGUGUAUAAUAAUAAUAUAUACUGUGUAUAAUAAUAAUAUAUAAUAACACCCCCCUCUGCCUUUACAUGUGUGAGUAACUAUAAUAAUAUAAUAUAUAUAUAUAAUAAUAUAUCAUAUAUACUGUGUAUAAUAAUAAUAUAUAAUAAUACCCCCCUCUGCCUUUACAUGUGUGAGUAACUACAAUAAUCUAAUAAUAUAUAUAUACUGUGUAUAAUAAUAAUAUAUAAUAAUACCCCCCUCUGCCUUUACAUGUGUGAGUAACUACAAUAAUCUAAUAAUAUAUAUACUGUGUAUAAUAAUAAUAUAUAAUAAUACCCCCCUCUGCCUUUACAUGUGUGAGUAACUACAAUAAUAUAUAUAUAAUAAUAAUAAUAUAUACUGUGUAUAAUAAUAUAUAAUAACACCCCCCUCUACAUGUGUGAGUAACAAUAAUAAUAUAAUAUAUAAUAUAUACUGUGUAUAAUAAUAUAUAAUAACACCCCCCCUCUGCCUUUACAUGUGUGAGUAACAAUAAUAUAUAUAAUAAUAAUAUAUAAUAUAUACUGUGUAUAAUAAUAAUAAUAUAUAAUAACACCCCCCCCUCUGCCUUUACAUGUGUGAGUAACUAUAAUAAUAAUAUAUAUAUAAUAUAUACUGUGUAUAAUAAUAAUAUAUAAUAACACCCCCCCCCUGCCUUUACGUGUGAGUAACAAUAAUAUAUACUGUGUAUAAUAAUAUAUACUGUGUAUAAUAAUAUAUAACACCACCCCUCCCUCUGCCUUUACGUGUGAGUAACAAUAAUAUAAUAAUAUAUACUGUGUAUAAUAAUAAUAUAUAACACCCCCCUCUGCCUUUACAUGUGUGAGUAACAAUAAUAUAAUAUAUACUGUGUAUAAUAAUAAUAAUAUAUAAUACGUAAUAACACCCCCCUCUGCCUUUAAAUGUGUGAGUAACAAUAAAAUAUAUAAUAUAUACUGUGUAUAAUAAUAAUAUAUAAUAACACCUCCCCUCUGCCUUUACAUGUGUGAGUAACAAUAAUAUAAUAAUAUAUACUGUGUAUAAUAUAUAACACACGCUUCUGCCUUUACAUGUGUGAGUAACAAUAAUAUAUGAUAUAUACUGUGUAUAAUAAUAUAUAAUAACACCCCCCUGCCUUUACAUGUGAGUAACAAUAAAAUAUUAUAUAUAUAAUAUAUACUGUGUAUAAUAAUAAUAUAUAAUAAUUACGCCCCCCCUCUGCUUUUACAUGUGUGAGUAACAAUAAAAUAAAUAAUAUAAUAUAUACUGUGUAUAAUAUAUAAUAACAGCCCCCCCCUGCCUUUACAUGUGUGAGUAACAAUAAAAUAUAAUAUAUACUGUGUAUAAUAAUAUAUAACACCCCCCCUCUGCCUUUACAUGUGUGAGUAACAAUAUAAUAUAUAAUAUAUAUACUGUGUAUAAUAAUAUAUAAGAACACCCCCCUCUGCCUUUACAUGUGUGAGUAACAAUAAAAUAUAUAUAAUAUAGACUCUGUAUAAUAAUAUAUAAUAACACCCCCCCGCCUUUACAUGUGUGAGUAAAAAAAUAUAUUAAAUAAUAUAUACUGUGUAUAAUAUAUAAUAACACCCCCCCUGACUUUACAUGUGAGUAAAAAAUAUAUAUAAUAUAUACUAUGUAUAAUAAUAAUAUAUAACACCCCCUGUCUUUACAUGUGUGAUAAAAAUAUAUAUAUAUAAUAUAUACUGUGUAUAAAAACACCCCCCCCCCGCCUUUACAUGUGUGAGUAAAAAAUAUAUAAUAUAUACUGUGUAUAAUAAUAAUAUAUAACACCCCCCCCGCCUUUACAUGUGAGUAAACAAAUAUAUAAUAUAUACUCUGUAUAAUAUAUAAUAACACCCCCCUCUGCCUUUACAUGUGUGAGUAAAAAAAUAUAUAAUAUAUACUGUGUAUAAUAAUAUAUAAUAACACCCCCCCCGCCUUUACAUGUGAGUAACAAAUAUAUAUAAUAUAUAUAAUAAUGUAUACUGUAUAUAAUAUAUACUGUGUAUAAUAAUACACCCCAUCUGCCUUUACAUGUGAAUAAAAAAAUAAAUAUAAUAUAUACUGUGUAUAAUAUAUAAUACCCCCCCGCCUUUACAUGUGUGACUAAAAAUAUAUAUAUUAUAUAAUCAUAUAUACUGUGUAUAAUACUACCCCCCUCUGCCUUUACAUCUGAGUAAAAUAUAUAUAUAUAUAAUCUAUAAUAAUAUAUACUGUGUAUAAUAAUAAUACCCCCUCUGCCUUUACAUGUGUGAGUAAAAAAUAUAUAUAAUAUAUACUGUAUAUAAUAACACCCCUUUCUGCCUUUACAUGUGUGAGUAAAAAUAUAUAUAUUUCUGCUACAACCACCACUCAUUUGAUUUGAAUUGUUGGAAUGAGUGGCAUUGCAAAUGCAGUUCCCUUUGCCACCUGUCAAACAAAUACCCACUACUACCUGUUAGACAACUUUAAUACUCGUGUAUUAUAAACAUCUGCUCCUAUCAGACAUGCUAGAGUAGUCUUUCUGAUGAUUUCCCAAUACCUUGUAAUGUACACUUUUGGACAGUCGUUUUAGCAAUGACUUAAAUGUACCGUGAUUUUAAAACUCUUGUCUAUACGUACACUCAGCUUAGAGACACUCGGCUAGUGAAUAAUAGCCUGUAUUGGCUUUUCAUGUUCUAGAAGCCCAGAAGCAGUGUGGAUCCCUGGUGGGACUCAGGUAAGUGUAAAACACCAUGACACAUUACACAGGGCUGGUUCCAUGGCCUUCACUGCGCCAUAACCAUGAUAGUGGGUUGAAGUUGUUAUUGUACAUUUUGUGUUUCUUUAAUCAUUCUCAUUUUACUGAGCUAUAAAAAGCAACACAAUAUUAGAAAUCUUACAAAAAAUGUAAAGGUCCUGCAUUUGCUUGGAGUAAAAGGGCUUUGCGACUUCUGCAAUACAAUGAGCUCACACCAAACUUGGAAGUUCCAUAGCAUUACUGUGCUUCUCUCUUAUGUAUGGUGCUUUAUACGCAUUGCACAUGUUUCUGAGUGUUUUAGUUCAGUUGCCAGCGUUCCACUGUAGAAAACUAACAGCAAUUCCCAUAUGUCUAAGUCAUGACAUCCUGUACAGAAGUAUAAAGGGAAUAGUUAAUUCCAGGACAAAGUGGGAGUAGGGGUAGUAUUCUGAAAAGUAUUCUCAGAAAAAGCAGCGUUGACAAUGCUCCACUUGCAGGGACAGGGUUUUUGCCCCAGAACCACUACAUCUAUACUGUAAUGGUUCUGGUAACUAGAGUGUACCUUUAAGAAUAUAAACAUCUAAAAAAAUAACCAACCUACAAAGUGCACCUAACCUUGAAAUGAGGGAACUUUCCUGCAAACUGUUGUGGUUAUCCAGUGGAUGAUAUUGCAGAUAAGACUAUACAGCAGCUACAGUGCCAACUGAUACAAUCACUGGUGAAAUCAUUGCACUAAACUGUGGAACUGUGCCAAAUAGCAAGUACUAAUCUAGUUGAGCUAGUUGUCAAGAUCAACAUUAAAGGGACACUAUAGGCACCAAAACAACACUAACGUUCCUGACACUGAAGUGGUAAAAUACCUGUGUAGUUCCCCCUCUCUUUGCAGUAAAACGGUGACAUUACUCAAAUUCUUCUCACAUGCACAGCCCAUGGCUGUGAUCAUCAGAUCAGCUUGAUGAUCUCAGCCAAUCCAAUGCUUUCCCACUUCUUUCACAUUGCCUUCAUCAUCUCCUCAUUGAGUUAUAGAGACACAUUUAAUCAGUGCAUCUCUAUGGGGAAAAGUUCAGAGCCUUCAUGCAGAACUUGGAGACGUUGAACGCCAGCACCACUGUCCCAGGAAGCACCUCUCGUGGCUCCCUGAGUGUCACUAGAGCUAUAACUAGGCCGCAGUGUUUACAUUAAAAAGCCUGUGGGGACAGAUUAUAGACACGAGAACUACUUCGUGCUGUAGUUCUUCUGGUGGUACAUAAUGCCAGAUGUUAAGAAAUCCUUCAACUGAGAAAAUACAAACGUCUCUAAUCAACAUAAAGAUCGUUCAAUAAAACUUAAAGGGACACUAUAGUCACCUGAACAACUUUAGCUUAAUGAAGCAGUUUUGGUGUAUAGAGCAUGCCCCUGCAGUAUAACUGCGCAAUCCUCUGCCAUUUAGGAGUUAAAUCCCUUUGUUUAUGAACCCUAGUCACACCUCCCUGCAUGUGACUUGCACAGCCUUCCAUAAACACUUCCUGUAAAGAGAGCCCUAUUUAGCCUUUCUUUAUUGCAAGUUCUGUUUAAUUAAGAUUUUCUUAUCCCCUGCUAUGUUAAUAGCUUGCUAGACCCUGCAAGAGCCUCCUGUAUGUGAUUAAAGUUCAAUUUAGAGAUUGAGAUACAAUUAUUUAAGGUAAAUUACAUCUGUUUGAAAGUAAAACCAGUUUUUUUUUUCAUGCAGGCUCUGUCAAUCAUAGCCAGGGGAGGUGUGGCUAGGGCUGCAUAAACAGAAACAAAGUGAUUUAACUCCUAAAUGACAGUGAAUUGAGCAGUGAAAUUGCAGGGGAAUGAUCUAUACACUAAAACUGCUUUAUUUAGCUAAAGUAAUUUAGGUGACUAUAGUGUUCCUUUAAGUGAAAUGUAAUGUUGGACUAGGUGGCCUGUCCCCAACAGUACUCAUCAGACAUUGUCACUUUUUAUACUGAUUUCCUAUAUUAGAUCCUGUGCCAUCUGUGUGUUGUUUGUUUUUUUGUGUGCAUUUUUAAAAUACUUGUUUUUUAUUGCAUUAUUUAGAUCUAUUCAUAGUGAUGAAUUUUAUAUCUGCCAUUGAGCCAGUUUGGAAGGUUCCUUUCUCUCCUUAUUUUGGUGCCAGUUUUAGAAGUUGUUUGAUUUAUUUAUUUAUUUUUGUUAAGAUAGUGGCUAUGUUUGAAGUGGACACAUGCCUUCUGGGAAAUUUGCUCCAAAUUGGUGAUCGUUAAUAAUGGCUCAUCUUGUAUUUUAUAAAAAAAAAUAUAUAUCUUUCAACGGUGGUAAUAAAGAGGGUUUUUGUUUUUUUUUGUUUUUUAUUAACUAGAAUUGAGACAAGGGGAUGGUUAUCUAAAUGUUUGUUAUAAAAAUGGUGCAAAAUGUAAAAGGGGAGGGAUGUGCUUGUUGGUUUCCAUGGUAAUUGGCCUACUUUUUAGAACAAAACAUUUUGAGAAAGCUUGAUAGCCUUCUACAGACCCCUAUCUAUGUAAGGUUUUUUUUAGUGAUUGUAAAAAAGAAGUAGAAAUGUAGGAAACCAUAAAAUGACGCUGCAGGCUGCAAUUAGUGAGAUUCAUCGGUCAAAUCCUGGAUUUACGUUUUCAGUGGGAAUGUAUUUUGUGUCCCAUAAACUCCUACUUACUAGGAUGUAGUUUAACUGGCUCGUGGUUCAUCAUUCCUGAAAGACUUUUUCUAGUUUCGUUUUAAGAUAUCAUGCUGGGGGGGUAUAACAGAAUACUCACAGAUUUGCAUUCUGCCUCUGCACUCAUUUUAUUUAGCAAAUUAAUCUGUUUUUGUUUUCGUGGGUUAGAGGUACAAAAUUACAGAUUAAAUAUAGUUUGUCUAAUUUCUUUAUACAUCUUGCUUAUCUGAGGUUAAUAAAUGCAGUUUUCUGUGUCCGAUUUUAGUGCUAUUUUUCCAUAUGUGCAGCAGCAGAAACAAUAUGUGGCUUUUCUCAAACUGGAGAGAAUGUGAUUGUGUGUAAAUGUGUAGAUAUAGAUCUUGAAAGACCCUGUUUAGGUUUAAACAGAAUACAAAUUAAUAGAAAAUGAAUCUAGUACUGAAAGUGCAUCACUACAUUUUUCUACAUCUAUAAAUUUCAAGAUAUAGAUCUGUCUGUAGCAGUGGUACUUUUAACCUUUGUGUUGCUCCUAAAAAAUGUCGUUCUCCUCUCCCCAUCCUCCUAAAUACUGGUAGCAAUAAACUGACAUUAGGUGGUAGGAGAGCUCUGGUUUUUGUCGUAUUGUGAGAAUGGUUUCACAAAAACCAGAGUGUCCGCACCCAGAGACUCGUUCCACCAUUACAGUCAGCUCUUGUGGCUUUGGUGUUCAGUGUCCCUAAGCACUAUAACCACUUUGGGGCAGCAGCUCGUGAGUGGAUUAUAACAUUGCUGCAGCUAUUGCCAGCACCCAGAAAGGAAGAAUCUUUCUUUCCACCUUUGCUGUGUCCAUGUCACGUCAGGCACCACACAUUAUACAGCCCAGUUAAUAAAACUUGAAACCGGGCUGUGUUUAAAGUGAUGGCAGCUACAGUUUGCGAUGAGGAGUGCCAAGACUCCUUAGGCCAGAAUGAAAGGUGUCCGCGUGGUGGAACUUCCAGCAUGUGAGAGAGAGUCCGUGUAAAACUACAGGCACCCAGACCACUUUACGGAGAAAGUGGCCCUUUAAUGUCAGGUACAUUAAAGUAAUCACUCAGUGUUUAGGUACCAUGUGAUAUAAUGUAUUUACGAAAUGUUUUACUGUGCAGGAUAGAUUGAGAUAUCUGUUCUCAGUUAUGUCCUGGAGGGCACAUACUAACUAAUAAAAUAACUAUGAGGGCAGUUACGGUUUGAUUGAAAGGAGAAUGUUUUUAUAGACUGCAGACUAGUGCCAAAUUUGAUAUUCUCUGAUAGGUUAUUCCAAUUAUUCAAGGCUGUGUAGGAGAAAGCUGCUCAACAAUCCUCCAUUUUGUUAUGGUGAUGGGCAGGUAAGUACUUAAACAUAACACAGGUUAGGGUAACUUGCCACAGCACGCUCUAUUGGAGGAAUCUGGCACUAAUAAUGUGUGAAUUCUGUAUUCGGGGUAAGGGGCCAGACAAAAUGCUUGUUUAUGUCAAACUAUUUCUAAACAGGGGAUGGCCCAGGGCUCUCAAGGCAACACAUACAGCGCUAUGGAAUUUGCUGGCGCCAUAUGAAUAAUAAAAUAAUAAAAACUGCAGCAAGUUAUAUUGCAUAGUGUCCCUUUAAAUCUCUUUGGUUUUGGUAACUGGGAUUAGUUAGCAUGGUGUUAAGGUGCUCUAUCCAGUCUAAGUGAUCUAUACUGGAUAGAGGUUUCUGGAAAUAAUUAUCAGCCAUUAAACAAAACUCAAAUAUGGAAGAUCAUCCUGUUUGAUCUUCUUUUCUGUCCUAGAAUGCCUGAAACCUACUAAAUUCUAUUGUAGUACAUCUGAUGUAAGUGACUGUGUGCUGCAUGAAUAGAUGUAAAGAUAAUUGAGAUUUAUUUUUUAUUGUUAAUUGUUUUAUUACAACUUUUGGAUUCAAUACUUUUUAGUUUAAUUAAAGGGACUCUCUAAUCACCAAAUUGUUGCAUUUGUCUGUAGUACUUUUGGUGCAAAUAACUGAUUUCCUACUGUCAGACAUUUGCGAGAGAUAGCGGUGUUUACAUUUCAGUCCAAUGGCCAGUUAUACAGCCACUAGAGCUCUUUCCAUGUGAGGUCUUCAGGAGUUGAACACAGUGAAUGAUUAAUAUAAAGAAUUGAUUGGCCAGGUUUGGAAAUUGUUGUUCAUCUGGCUCUAUGAGAAGUGUUUGAUCUGAGAAUUUAUAAUGGAUGGCAUGUGUCGCUGACAUCAUUCAAGUCAGCGGCCUUUGUAUCACGUUAGAAUCUGUUUGCAGCAUUGAUUUCAGCUCCUUUAUUUUUCCUCUUUCUUUACAAUGGUAUUUGAAGGUUGGGUCUAAACUACAGGAUAAACUGUCUAGCCAAUUCCAGUACUAUUCCGAAUCAACCCAACAGAAAGCUGUGCCCAGGGUACUACGCCUUGGGUGUCAGCAACCAAGCUCAGGGAAUGGUUUAAAGUGGAAGAUUGCUAAUUACCUCCCCUGACCAGACUGCUGUGUGUGCUUGUAGAUGGCUUCAGUGAAUAACUUUAAAGGAACACUAUUGCGUUAGGAAUAGAAGUAUGUAUUCCUAACGCUAUAGAGCCGUAGUCACCUAAACGGUGACUAGGGCCCCGUUCCGCGGCGAAUAAAUGGUUAACCAUUUAUUUGCUUACCUUAAUCCAGCACCGGGCUCCCUCGGCACUAGUGACCUCUCCUCCAUUGACAUCAGCUUCUGAGUGGAGCCGACUGUGCAUUGCAGCCAGAUACGCACGCGCAGUCAAACCCGCCCAUAGGAAAGCAUUACUCAAUCCUUUCUUAUGGUGAUCAUAUUUGAUGAUGGAUUUUGUGAGGAUGUCUAGCGUCAAGUAAGUGCGAUUUGGUGGCUUUCAGGAAGACAGCCAUUACAGGCUGGAUUAACCUUGCAGUGUAAACAUAGCAGCUCUCUGAAACUAUGUUUUUAGCUGCAGGGUUAAAACUAGGGGGACCUGGCACCCAGACCACUUCAUUGAGUUGAAGUGGUCUGGGUGCCCGUAGUGGUCCUUUAAAUUAAUGCAUUUUUCCUGAAGUAUUUGUGAUCUGGGCUAUUGAUAAAUAAACAGCUUUCAGACUGUCAGUGAAAUUUAUUUUGCAUUUGAACAAAUGUGUCUUGUAUUAGAAUGAUUAGUUGGAACAUGACUGGACUAGUUCUAACAUUUUUAUAUUACAUUAUAUCUCCGGCAGAUGCUUAAUGCUCAAUGUAAUAGUCAAGAUGAAUAAUGCCAGCACUACUCGACAUGCAAUACAGACAGGCCUGGGCAAAUCCCAAAAGCCAGGUAUCCGGGACUCCUAAAAUCUAAUGAUUGCAAUAGCAAAAGCAUAUUCUGCUGAACGAUCAAUCUUUGAUUGUGAAUAUAUAUAUGUAUAUAUUACACACACACACACACACACACACACACACACACACGUACCUCUGUUUACAAACGCCUCAGUUAACAUAAUUUUUGGUUUUCAAAUGAAAGUCCAUUGAAAAUGAUGCCUUGGUUUAAAAAAAUGUUUACACAAUACAAAGCAAGUUUCACCAGGAUGCAUUGCGCCUGGGAGGUUUAUAGCGCUGCCUAACGUGUAUGCUGGAGUCUGUGGGUAGCACGUGGCGUCAAGUGUGGAGUUGUUGGGGGUGUUGGAGCGGCUUUUGCAUCGAGGUUUUGUAGCCUUUCUGGAAAAAUUUUCGCUGUGAUUUUGGGACUUUUUGGAACUUUUUUGGUGCAUUUCUUAAGCGGUGGAAAGGUAAGGAGCUGAGAUUCAUCGUUUGCAUGCCUUUUACUGUGUUCUGCAUUGUGGGUUGGUUUCCAUGCCAGUUCGUUUUGACUUUUUUCUGACCUCCAGAAUGGAUUAAUUGGUUUUCAAUGCAUUCCUAUGGGAAACAGCGUUUUGGUUUACAAAUUUUUCGCACUAAGAAACGUCUCAGAGAACGCAUUGAAUUCGUAAACCGAGGUACCACUGUAAUAUAUAUUGAUCUAGUUUGUCUGUCCGUCCGUCCCCAUUAAUGUCCUAUUCAUCCAGGAAUUGGUCAAGAUAGUAGCUUUCCAUAGGUAGGUUGUAUGUCUCGAACCAACAUACACAGAUUUAUAGAUACUCCGUACAGCUUUAAGCAGGUUUUCAUUCAUUGGGGAGAAAAAAUAAGUGAGAUUUACUCAUGCAGGUAAGUGGAGCCUGCAGCAACUUGCUUUCACUUCUACAAGUAUUUUUCUCCCUGAAUGUAAGGGAACAAUUCAGGUAAAAGUUGUCAUCUAAUAUAUGGAAGAGGGCUCUUUUUGGCACCCAAACCCUCCCCUUCCUUUGUUGCAUUCUCCAUAUAAAUUGUCUAACUGCGGUAGCAGUAAUGGGCUGAUGGCGGAUAACCAGGCGCUCAAAGCCUUGUUUUAUAUACAAGGUUGAUCAGUUUUGAAGAAUAAUGUGGAAAUGCAAUUUCAGAAUUUACUGACUGGCCACAGUGGGGCCUGGGUUUGACUGCAUGAAGAGACAGUUUUGUUUGUGUGUGUUUCUUCCUCAUUUCUUUGCUCUCUCAUUUUGCUCCAAUCUGAUUGUUUCUCCCAGAUCAAGGAGGAGGAUUGUGGAGAAUCGGUUGCGUGGGUUAUACACACAUUGCCCUCUGUCUUUGCACUGAACUCCACUCUAUUAAACCUAUGUUUAUGCUAACACUUAUGUGUUUGACAGGUACACCCUUUAUGCGCCAGAGGGUUGAUAAAUUCAUUCCUAUAGAAACCAGUUGCUCACCCCUCCGGCAUAUAACAAAUUGUCAGGUUUUGUGCGUCACGGUGAACAAAAUCCUUUAACUUGUAAUCCCUCAGGUGAGGCAUGAUGAUCUGUGUAGGUAGCAUGUUCCUUUUGUCCUUUAACUCUUUGUGCACAAAGUUGUGCUUUUGGCAUUCCCUUUUCCAGCCGUUUGAAAGGUUAAUUAACAUUGUUUUCAUUGUAUAAAUAUACGCAGAGUUUGAUAUCAGAUCUUGCUCAGCUGAGUUAGUUCUGCAUAUCACACCUAUUCCAGAUAACGUGUUAGUGCCUGCAAAGACCUUAACAAUGCAGCUGAAUCAGGUGGUGCAUGGUCUUGUCUCUGCAUGUUCCACACGUGGCCAGUUCAGGACACAGACUGCACUGGGGGUUAGGCAUGUACCAAUGAAUUGCAUUUAAAAGCAGGACAAUGGGAUUUUUAAACCAUAAUUUACCUCUUACAUAUUAAGGACACCUACACUUAUUAUAUAUCAUUUUGUUCAGGAGAAGUGCUUUCAUUUCAUAUGAAAUAUUUUCUAUAUGAAACCUCACUUAACAUGAAUACAAUUUAAAUAAAAUCUUAUUUUUCAAGUUCUGCAUGGUAUGUUAACUCUGAAUGUCUAAAUACUGUUCGCUUUUACUGCACAAGUACAUAGAUGCCCCCCAUAUACUGGUAAAUUUUAAUUUAUUCAUUUAAUAGAUAAUUUGUAAUUUACCAUUGUAUAUAAUUAAUGCAGCUCUGUCACUUUUCAGUAUUGUGUAUAUAUUCUUUAUAAAAUCCUAUUUGCACUGCAUUGGAAUCUCAAUCCAAAGAUACAAUAAGGUAAAGUAAGGACUACUUUCUUAUGAACAAGCAUGAGGUUGGCAAAAGGUGUAGCUUCCCAAUCAACUUUUGUUCAAUCCCACAAGUCACUCUUAGUGAGACGUGAUCUAUAGAGGCUCCACCUGUCUCGCAGGAACCUUUGUUCACCACAAUAUUGUACUCUCGUAGAGGGUCUCCAGGAUGAAGAUGGCGACAUCUUUAAGGGACCGCUGCAGGUAAGUAAAACUUAAUUUAAGUCACGUUGGCCACCAGAUUCUAACUGGAGAUGUCACCUUUGGGGUAUUUGCAAAGACGCCUGAAAGUGACAGACAAGCUAUAAUUAUGUCAAAUAGGUCAAUAAUUAUCAGGUGUAGCUAUAUCUUUUGACUGGGCUGGAAUCUCAGUGAAAUUUCAACACAGAGGGGUGGAAGGGGUAGUUGAGAGAGCCACUUCAAUCAUGCAGAUGAUUGAUUGUGUUGAGAUAUCCUAUUGGCCCAAGCACACAGAUUAUCCUUUGACGUUUUUAUUUUGCCAGAAUGAUAUUUGAGUAAUUGUUUUGUAGUGUAAUCACUUAAUGGUCAUUUGCAAAUUAAAUUCACAAUAUUUUGUCAAAAUAGCUGUGUGUUUCCAAUUUAUUGUUUUUUGUUUUUUUUUCAACUUGUAUAUCUGGUCUAAAUUUUGCAGUCUGGCUUUGAACUCCUUUCGUAGAGGAAAAUAAAUAAGCAAUACUCCGAUUGCUGUUCUGCUGAUUGGAGGCUGUGUGAAGCUGGGUAGCAGCCGCUGUGUGAAGCUGGGUAGCAGCCGCUGUGUGAAGCUGGGUAGCAGCCGCUGUGUGAAGCUGGGUAGCAGCCGCUGUGUGAAGCUGGGUGUAUAUAGCAAUGUACUUGUCGUCUUAUGCACUGAGUGUAACUGGCCUUGGGUGAUAAAAUCCUUAUCCCGUAAACUGAGGCUUCAGAGUCCAAAAUUUGAUUGGACCAUCUCUUCUUGACACGCGAGGGCUCAGACGGUGACUACAUGCAAGGAAUACUUGUUUUGUUAAGGUGCAGGUUUCUUUUGGCAGCAAUUUAGUAAACUGUUACAUGGAUAAGCUAUAUAAUGACAAAGAAGUUCUUCGCACUAUAGUCUAUGAAAUGUGCACAUGCUUAAAGCAUUUUUUUCCUUCAUAUUUUUGGUUUAUUGCAUACUCAAUGGAGUAUUUUAAUGCAUCGAUUGUCCGAUUUCUUUGACAGAUCAUUCCAGCACCGAUAAUUCACUACUUGGCAAGCUCACACAGACACGUGGCUGCUAUUGGCCAUUAAAGUCAUUUGGCACCGUGUGUGUGUGUGUGUGUGUGGAUAAAUAAAAAUAAAAAUGUGCGUAAUAACUGUAUAAACUGCAGUGUAUAUGGAUAAUAUCAUGUAAUAGUGUUAGUAUAAAUGAACAAUACUGUGGCUGUGUAAUCCUGAAGCUUUGUUUGCAUUUUGCACAUUAGUAAUGUCUGUUUUGAAAUUAAUAUAAAAUUAGUAUUUGUGUAAGUCAAUAUUUGUGUGUGGCAGUGUUUAUUUCCUAUGAGAUUAAUGCAUGCACAGUGUACUGGUGAUGUAUUCUAUUGAAGCGAAUGGGAGGCCAUUGUGGAUGCUCUGUGUAUGAAACCAUUGCUACCAUUAUUUUAAGUGGGGAAGCCCUAUUGCACUGUGCAGGCUGUGAUCUCAGAGAGGCAGAUGGCAAGAACUGUAGAAUAGAUACUUUUACUAAACUAACAAAAUAAAUCAGCUUAUUCUGAGAAGCAUUACUUUUUGUGUGUCUUGUUCCUGGAGUGAAUAUCCAUUUAAGGCCAGGAUUAGAGGCUUCUUCCAGCAGGACUUGAAGGCUGUUGAGCUCAUGUAUUGGAUGAGUUUACGUUGCUGGGUGAUAUGUUAAUUAUUGCCCUAUUAAAGGUCCCUCCGUUUGCGCCUUGCUGACCUUUCUGCUGAAAGAUGGGUUUACACAGGGUUUUCCAUGAGAAAUGCCAAUUCUUUUUACUUGGCCUGUUUCUCUGGAUGACUAAUAUGAAAAUAUUUGCAAUCUUGCUAUUUUUGUUUUAUUAGUGUUCGGUUACCAUUGCGUUUCGCUUGUCACAGAGUCUCUACCUAAACAAACAGGUGAGCUGCGGCCAGUCAUUGUGUGCUUUUACAGAAACCUUCCCAGUAAGUAAUGAACUGGUUGUACCCAGCCCAGUAUUAAUCUUUGGCAGAAAGAGUUUUGCUUGUUUUAACGUGAUAUUGAGGCAUACCAGUUCAAUUUUCCUUUUCCUUACGGGAUAUAUAUUACAGCAUUUUAGGCUAGUAUGUUGUUGUUUGUUGAUCCUGAGGAAAGCCCCGGACGUGGGCUCAAACGUCGAUUUUAUGGAAUAACACAAUAAAGAUUUCUACCUUUUAACUACAAUACCGUGAGUGCUAGCCCAUUUUAUAUAUUUUUGUAUAUUUUGGCUGUGGCUAUCUUUAGCACCCGGCAUUGAAUGUUUUGCAUGACUUUGCAGGGUUAAUCUGAGUUCAAGGACUGGACUGUCUUUUUAUACAUAAAAGCAAGGGGUAAACCUGAUCUCCACUGACUGGGUAUAAAAAUUAUCUAAAUCAUAUUAAUUUUCACAUUUGCCAGCAGUUAGGCCAAGAAAAGAAAGGCACAUAAAAUAGGUAAAACUCCUCUCGAUUAGCGCCAAGGCCUGCAGCCCGAUUCUCCACCACUGGCGUCAUUCCCUACUCAUGUAGUUUGGCCUGCAGCCGAUCCUCCACUGCUUUCGUCACUCUCUCCUCAUGGAGUUGGCCUGCAGCUCAAUCCUCCACCACAACAGGUGCCAAACAUGCCAAAUAUUAGCCACUCAAAACUCUUAUUCAUAGCUGGUUAGUGGCACCCCAAUGACAUCUCCAGUGGCAGGGGGUUAAUCUCUGUAUGUGCAGUUUUUCAUUGCAAAUACAGACUCAAGGCACCAUGGUGACUUCACAUCUCUGAAGUGGUCAUGGUGCUUGGAGUAACCCUUUGGCUUAUUGCCGGAUGAUUCAGGUAGGCAGAACUAUACAAAAACUAUGGCACAGACGAUCAGAGAUCUGAACUUAUAACUGAUCGACCCAUAAAAGGUUAAUCUCAACAAAUCGGCACUGUGUAGCAUUCGGUGGUCGAGCCAUGGACUUACUAAACAGCACAUAUCAGUCAAAUGUAUCUAUUUGAUCUGUUGCUUGUCAUUUUGGUAGCAUAAUGUGUAUCUUAAUUUGUAUCAUUUACCUGAAUGCCAUGUUGUCUCCCAUAUGCAACUUCACUUUAAACUCAAAGUACCCAAGGGGCAAUUAUGAAUCGCCAAUGUUUAUAGAAAUCACUUUGUUUAACGAAAACUGGCUUGGCAAAGAUUUCAGCAGAAUAUGAUUUAGACGUCGCGGCAAGUGAGCAUUAUCAUUCACACCUGGAUUCCUGAAGAGUCCCUAUACGUUGAAUAAUAUUCCAAGUCUGUUAAAUCUAUAGUGCCUUUGGGAGAAAACCACUAAUAUAACACAUAAGUAGUUAAUGCAAAUAGAUGCUUAAAGGGACACUUGGCACCCAGACCACUUUAUCUCAUUGAAGUGGUCUGAGUGCAGUGUCCUUGUCCUAUUUGCCCUGUAAUGUAAAACAUGCAGUUUCAGAGAGACUGCAAUGUUUAUGUUGCAGGGUUAAAACUACCUCUAGUGGCUGUCUCUCAGAAAGCCAUUAGAGGCACUUUUUGCAUUUACACACAGUUUAACUCUGUGAAACAACGCUUGACCUCCUUGCGCUUUGCAUGAUGACAUGAGUCUUCAAAAUUCCAAUAGGAAAGCAGUGAUUCCAUUGUUAUUAUUUAUAUAGCGCCGUCAAAUUCCUCAGUGCUUUGCAAUGGGUGGACGAACAGACAUGUAGUUAAAACCAGACAAGUUGGACACACAGUAACAGAGGGGCUGAGAGCCCUGCUCAAUGAGCUUACAUGCUAGAGGGAGUGGGGUAAAGUAGCACAAAAGGUAAGGAUAGUAUUAGACUAGUGACAGUUGCAAGAGAGGAAUCAGUCGGUAAUGCUUUCCACACAUUAACUUUUCCCCCACUUCUGGCAUUGGAGGAGACAGAGCCAGUGCUGAGGAAUCUUGGCACUGGAAAGAAGUAAGUUGGGUUUUAUUUUUGUUUUCCCGUUUCCACGCCCACCGGGAAGCAGACCAUAGUCUUACCACUGAGGGACACUGUAGUGUUGGAAUGCGCUUUCGUAGUCCUUAAUGCUCUAUUGUUCCUUUAAAGAAACACUCUAAGCACCAAAACAACUUUAUCUUAAACAAGUGGUUUGGGUGUAUAGAUCCUGUAAUCUCACCGCUCAAUUCUCUAUAUAUCUAACUCUGUAGUGUAUUAAGUGUUUAGGUGUUUCUGCUACUUAUAUUGGUACAAUAAUUCAAGGGCUGUCAGUUGGCUGUAAUAUUUUGAAUGAACAUUGUAUGAACUUUCUUUUCUGUCCGAAGAUGUUUCUUUUAUGCUAAUCUUUGUAAAUCUGCCAGUGACCUCCAGACAUCCUGUGCAGAAUUAUCACUUGGUAACAAGGGGGUUCGCACUCUAAACGGCAAGUUGUGUGAUACAGACAAAUAAAAAUGUACAGUUUGGGUAUGUUUACAUCAUUACCCAAAUAGUGAAAUGUGCAAUGUCCAUUUGGGGCUUUUAUGCACCCAUUUUUUUUUUCUCAAUCUGCUUAAAGGACCACUAUAGUGCCAGGAAAACACACUCGUUUUCAUGGCACUAUAGUGCCCUUAGGGUGCCCCCACCCUCAGGGACCCCCUCCCGCCCAGCUCUGGAAGGGGGAAAGGGGUAAAAACUUACCUUUUUCCAGCGCUGGGCGGGGAGCUCUCCUCCUCCGAUCCUCCUCCGUUCCGUCCCGUCGGCUGAAUGCGCACGCGCGGCAAGAGCUGCGCACGCAUUCAGCCGGUCGCAUAGGAAAGCAUUAUCAAUGCUUUCCUAUGGACUUUGGCGUGCUCUCACAGUGAGAAGCACGCAAGCGCCUCUAGCGGCUGUCAAUGAGACAGCCGCUAGAGGAAAUAGGGGAAGGCUUAACCCAUUCAUAAACAUAGCAGUUUCUCUGAAACUGCUAUGUUUAUGGAAAAAAAGGGUUAACCCUAGCUGGACCUGGCACCCAGACCACUUCAUUAAGCUGAAGUGGUCUGGGUGCCUAGAGUGGUCCUUUAAUGCACUCCACCAAGUAGAACAUUUUAUUGAGUCCAGCAAAUGGAUAUAUGAUACAAGGCUUGUGGACACUUCUGCUAAUUUACUUCCAUAUUGCACAAUAAGUGCUGUAAAAUGUACAUCCUCAAUACAGCGUUGUGUCUUUUUAUGUUGCAAGAACCCUUCUUGUUUUGUCUGUUUUGGGUUUUUUUUGUAGCAGUUUUAUAUAUAUAAUAUAUCUAUAUCUCCGUGCCGCAUUCGUAACCAAGAUUAUUCUGAGUUUCCCCAAAUUUGGAACCAACGCAUUUUCGGUACUCUAUGUGGUUAUUCCAAUGUAAUUUCAAGUACACCUAUAUAUACUAACUAGAGGAUAAAUUGGACUUUAUUCUGGAACCAUUAUGAGGGUGAAUUUGGAACCAGUUGGGUGAAUUUUAAAUUUUAUGGUAAAAAUAGCAAAACUGUAAAAAUGAGCCAGCUAUACGUUCCUUCGAACUACACUGGCCUUAAAUGGGAAAUGUGUACAACAAGAGAGAAGACAAGUAAAAAAAGGCGCUCAAUACACGUCUAAAAUAAUAACAACCUUAAAACCUAUGAAGCAGCUCCCUUAUAAAGUGCAAUAGCCCAUAAAACACUAAAAAUACAAUAAUACAAAAAAAGGGUGCGCUGUGUCUUUAAGACAAGAAAAGUGCAAUGUACCUUUAAAAACACUCCAGUGCUUCAAAAAAACACACAAAACUCUAUUCAAUAAAUGUGUUACUAUUACACACUCUACAAUAGUGCAAAAAAAGGUGCAAGUGUGCAAAUAACACUUUUAUACCAAUGUAUUGGUGAGAGUUGGUAAUUUUUAAAUACCACUUUUCUAUCAGUGUAUUGGUGAAAAAUUAGUAGAAAAAACGGAGCACUUACAAUACCCCGCUAUAUGUACCUUAGGUCUGGUUACUCCAGUUUUGCAUACAUAUGUAUAAAAAAUAAAUAAAAGAACAUAGUGUAAUACAGUAUUAUAAAUUAUGUUAUUAGAACAAUGAAUAGUGUUAAACUCACAAGUGGAGAGCAGAGAAGUCUGCUCUAACUUUAUCCGCUUCUUGUGUAAAGCCAAAAGGUCAUAGGACAGCAGCAAGUUGAAAGAAACACUUUUUUAUUUCCAAAACAAAUCUUCACAAUAUUAAAAAAUAGUCCCCCAAGUGGUAUCGCUUUGCUCACUCAGUCUCUCUAUGGAAGGCGUACUGCAUACAGUUUCGCUGCCGGCUAGCACCGUACUGCAAACACUUCCUGGAGGCGGAGCCUAAUGACGUAACCACGGGACGUACGUGAUGACGCGUUUCGCCACAAAAUCGGCUUCCUCAGAUCACACCUCAGUUGCUUGUCAUUUUGGUAGCAUAAUGUGUAUCUUAAUUUGUAUCAUUUACCUGAAUGCCAUGUUGUCUCCCAUAUGCAACUUCACUUUAAACUCAAAGUACCCAAGGGGCAAUUAUUUUGUGCCGAUUUUGUGGCGAAACGCGUCAUCACGUACGUCCCGUGGUUACGUCAUUAGGCUCCGCCUCCAGGAAGUGUUUGCAGUACGGUGCUAGCCGGCAGCGAAACUGUAUGCAGUACGCCUUCCAUAGAGAGACUGAGUGAGCAAAGCGAUACCACUUGGGGGACUAUUUUUUAAUAUUGUGAAGAUUUGUUUUGGAAAUAAAAAAGUGUUUCUUUCAACUUGCUGCUGUCCUAUGACCUUUUGGCUUUACACAAGAAGCGGAUAAAGUUAGAGCAGACUUCUCUGCUCUCCACUUGUGAGUUUAACACUAUUCAUUGUUCUAAUAACAUAAUUUAUAUACUGUAUUACACUAUGUUCUUUUAUUUAUUUUUUAUACAUAUGUAUGCAAAACUGGAGUAACCAGACCUAAGGUACAUAUAGCGGGGUAUUGUAAGUGCUCCGUUUUUUCUACUAAUUUUUCACCAAUACACUGAUAGAAAAGUGGUAUUUAAAAAUUACCAACUCUCACCAAUACAUUGGUAUAAAAGUGUUAUUUGCACACUUGCACUUUUUUUGCACUAUUGUAGAGUGUGUAAUAGUAACACAUUUAUUGAAUAGAGUUUUGUGUGUUUUUUUGAAGCACUGGAGUGUUUUUAAAGGUACAUUGCACUUUUCUUGUCUUAAAGACACAGCGCACCCUUUUUUUGUAUUAUCUUAAAUGGGAAAUACCAUUUAAAUACACCUUGAGUUCUUACUAGUGAAUUCCCUGUAUAUACAACACAUUAAAGGGACUCUCCAGUGCUAUGAAAACAUAUCUGCAGUGCCCCUCUCCCUCCCACCCCCCAUCCCACAUUGCUGAAGGCGUUAAAACCUCUUCAGUGACUUACCUGAAUGUCCCUCCCCCCGCCGUCAGCCAGCAGGGGUGACCUAAUGCAGAUUAGACCUCCCCAUAGGAAAACAUUAUUCAAUGCUUUCCUGUGGGGAUUCCAGCGACACUGGAGGUCCUCAUGCAUAGCGUGAGAACUUCUAGCGUAGUUUAAAACAUUUUUUGUGUUCUAAGAAGCCAGAAGUCCCUCUAUUGGCUGUCUGAUAGCCACUAGAGGAUGACUUAACCCUCUAAAGUAAUUAUUGCAAUCUAUAAAAACUGCAAUAAUUACACUUGCAGGGUUAAGAGUGGUGGGAGUUGGCACCCAGACCACUCCAAUGGGGAGACGCGGUCUGGGUGCCUGGAGUGUCCCUUUAAGUAUUAAAAUAUUAGUGGGAAAGCAAUGAAGAAAUGCUUUCACUAAUUUCAUAGUGAAGUAGUGGAAUAAUAGAAGAUAACUACAUAUAGAAUUUUUUUAUUUCGCUAAACAUGUGCAGAUUUUUUUUCCUGCUGACGCUAUAAUUUAUAAUGUCUGUCACAGAAUCCAAAACUGCUAAACAAAACAAUGGAAAUUCGAUGCUCCAGGGUAUUUCACCAAAAGUGUUGACACUUUUCAUUUAACCAUUUUAUCAUAAACCACUGCUUUCAUUCAUGUAAGACAUUUUGAGGCCUUAUUUAAAUUCAACUUCGCAUUGCCAAUUACAAAUGUUAAGUUGUGUAGAAUGAAACCCGGCACAACAAUAAGGUUUAUUUAUUAAAUAAUGGCUUGUGAGGAACUGAAAACCAAAUUGCAGAAAUAAUGAUAAAAUAGCUGGGGUUUUUAUUUUAUUUAUUUUUAAAAGGAACUGAAUUGGGUAGUUUUUACACCUCUAUUCUGGAUUACAUUUUGCGGUUUAAUUUGCAAUUCAUCUCCGUCACAGUUAUUGGUCUGCUUAGUUGGGACCUCAUGGCAGGGGAAUCUAGACUAGUCUUACCGUCCUCUAAACAUAGCAGAUCAGUUACAUUGUUCUGCAGGUUUCAGUAUCGAUAAACAAACUCUCCUCCUGUCACCCAAUACAGAGCCUUGGAUUACAGGAUGAGUCUACUGGGGGCCCUCGGAGUGCUCUUCCAGUAGAAUCCGAAUAUGUGGGGUCCGGAUUGGGCUUGAUUCUCACAGAAUCUUUUAGCGCGCCAGGCCUGGCAAUAGUGAUUAGUGUUCUAGGCAUGUGCUUGGGGUAGUGGGAGUGAGGGUGAACGGGUGAGUUUAUAAUAAAGUCACAGAGGAGCUGAUCUUUGUUAUAGACAUGCAAGUCCAAGGGAUAGAUGCAGGGAAUCCUUGCUACUGAAUCCGUACGAACGGUUUACUGCUAUAUUGUAUUGUUUGCUUGUCUCUUGCAUGCACACUUACAAUACGAUUAUCUUGCUUCCUGUUUCUGCCAUGGCUUUGAUGAGCGUUUCCAUCAAAAAUAAUUUUUUAAAAAAAAAAAGCAUAUCCUUCUCAGAAAGCAAUGAAUCAUUGGUUUAACACCUAAAUGAUGUGUUCUCAAUCAGCAUUAACGAAGGCUGUGACAUGUCUUGAUUGACUUCAUCUGUGUUCACUUUCCCUCCAAUACUAGCUGUUUACAGUGUAUUUACAAGUAGCAAUUUAUUAUAUUGGGCUGGGUGGCCCUUCACCUGUAAAUGAAUCAUUUGGCAACCUCUUAUACUUCAGAGAAUUCAGCUGAUACUUAUUUAUCUUUUUUUAUGAAGUUGUGAAUCACCAACUGAGGUAUUAUCCUGUGUGUACCAGUGUUAACUCUGGCGUCAAAUUUCAGUUUAGUUUUAGUCAUAGUCUUUUGACUAAUUAGCCAUUUUAGUCAUCUGAAUUGUUUUAGUCUACUAAAUCUCCAAAAUUUUAGUCGACUAAAUCUGAUGUGUACGCGUGUUAAGAUUUCAUCCUGAUAAGAUAAAUUAUUGUAUACUGUCCUCAGAAAUGACAGAAAUCAUUUUAUUCUGAGACUUUUUUUGUUUUUAGCAGUGCCUCGAGUCACUGGCUCUUGCAGCGUUUGGUGGUGAUGUGUCUCGGGUUACUUGCCCCUAUAUUGUGUGCUGUAUUGUGCCUCGAGUUACUGGCCCCUAUGCUUUCUGUUGUAGCCGUGCCUUGGAUUACUGGCCCCUGCGUUGUGUGUUGCAGCCGUGCUUUGGAUCACUGGCCCCUGCGUUGUGUGUUCCAGCCGUGCCUCGGAUUACUGGCCCCUGUGCAUUCUGUUGUAGCCAUUUCUCAAGUUACUGGCCCCUGCGUUGUGUGAGGGGGGAAUAGAACCUGUCUCUGGAAUUAAUCCAGGCUUUCUGUACAGUCGAUCUCUGUGCACUGGAAAGUAAUACAAACUUUCGCUGGGAAGUGGCUUAUAAAAUGAUCUCUUCGCUCAGAGUAAUGAGGAAUUUCAUGCCGGAUUGCUAUAUUUUGGAAAGGAUCUCACUUUAAAGCAACAGUGCAGUACUAAACACAUACUACAGCUAUUAACAUCCUCCAUGUUAAUUUUCUGUUUCAUUAAGCUGUCUGCUCUUACAGUGGUAAGCAGAAAGACUAAUUGCUGCAACCCUUCCUGCUACGCCAGGUCACCACAGUCCUUUUAGUUCUGCAAUUCAGGUUACGUUAAAGGGACACCAUAGUCACCAGAACUACUACAACGUAAUGUAGUUGUUCUGGUUCCCUUCAGGCUUUUUUCAUGUAAACACUGCCUUUUCAUUAAAAAGGCAGUGUUUACAUUGCCUCUAGGGACACCUCCAAGUGGCCACUCCUUAGAUGGCCACUGGAGGUGCUUCCUGGGUCAGUGCUGCCGAAAAAGCAACACUGACGUUCAGCGUCCCCACGCUCUGCAUUUUCCUCAUAGAGAUGCAUUGAUUUAAUGUAUCUAUGCGAAGGUCCUGAUUGGCCAAAACAGCAUUUGGCCCCGCCCCGUGCCGCUUUUAGCCAAUCAAAAAUCUGCCAUUUUGAUGAUGUUGCAAAGGGGCCAGCACCAGCUGAUCCGCAAGGCACUGGAAAUGGGGGGGGAGGGGGGAGGAGUACCAAGUCGCCGAAAUGAUGGGUUCAGCACUAUAGGGUCAGGAAUACAGGUUUGUGUUCCUGACCCUAUAGUGUUCCUUUAAAUACCGUGUAAUUACAAUUAUUGAACUGGCUUCAAUUUAAAAUAGACUGAGGGAGAAUUAAAUCUAAUUUAAAACAAAUUGUUGUUCUGGCUUUUUUUGUAAAGAUUUACAUGGUUAGAGUGGAAGGUUUGUUGGGGGGGUGGGGGGGGAAUUUCCUCCUAUUUAACUUCAUUGCCACAGAGUAUUUGUUGUAGGGUAAUGGGUGGUGCCUGUUGGUUCUGUGGUUAAUUUAGCUCUGCCCCUCCGUGUAUACUGCAGUGUGGGUUUGCAGAUGCAUGUUAGGACAGAGAAAGAUGUUUUGCAACUUCUCCCGGUUUCCCUGAUACAACUGGCUGUGUGCCAGGCUUUCAUUACUGUGUAUUAGAGCUGAGGCCGUAUUCAUGACGGGCCCUGCCUACCUACUGACUUGCCGCUCAUAUCCCAUGAAGCCAGCAAACUCUUCAUGGGCCAGAUGAUUGGUGGAAAGGAGGGAUAUGUUAGAAGUUCUGUUUAGGUCUCAUCAAUGAUCGUUGGCUUUCCCCAAACACAUGCUUUUACAAAUUGAAAACAAGAAAGUUCCUGGCCCCUCACGUUUAACCCCAUGAGAACUUAUCUAAUGCAGGGGAUUUGCCAAAUUUAUUUUCAAAUAUUUCCUAGCACAAUUGAAGAAUGAGUCAGAUUUUUCUGUUGUCAAGCUAAUCAUUUUGAUCCAUGUCAGGAAAAAAAGGCUUUUGAAUCCACUGGGUGAAACAAAGUAACUGUAAUUAUACCAAGGAGUCCUUUACAAUUUCGCUAUUUAUAGUCCACUUCUGAGGUCAACGCAAGUUUUUUUUUUUUUGUUUUUUUUUUGUUUUUUUUUUAGCGACAGGAUAUUAAAGAGGAAAUUGCUUGUGAUCUUACAGCUGUUAUCUCUUCCCUAACUUUUUGUUCUUUUCUUUUACUAUCUGCGUACUAAUAUGGUAGCAAUGCUAAAAUUGAGUAUAAUUUGUGCACAUUUUUUUAAGGGUGCAAGGCUAUCUCUAUUAUUUUAUUUCCUAGAAAGUCAGUGCCUUUUCUUCAAAUACCCUACUUUAAUUACACCCAUUAUGAAGUUUUAUUUAUUUUCCCAUCAUUCUUCGAGAAAAAUGACUGACGGAAAGAGAAUUUUUUUAAAAUAUUUUUUUAAAUGGGAUUGAGUUUGGCUUUGCAUUGGUAAACCUUGAAGUCGAGAAACAGUGUAGUGGUUAUGGUGCCAUUAGGUCGUUGGAGCCAUCCCUCGUCUUAUGGUGUCAAAACAUCUCAAUUCAGUAUUACCAGUAUAGAUUUUACCAUAUUUUAAAACCUUUCACUGGUUCAACGCUUUAGCUGAUGCAAAAAUUGUUGCAGAUACACGCAGUUUCUCCUAACCGAUAGUACAGUGUGUGCGUACUACAGUGGCUGUGAUCAUGAAAACAUUAGAAGCCUGUUUUUGGGCAAAUGCGAACUUUGUUGUUUCUGAGCUAUAAUGAUGUUUGACAUUAUCUGAGGAAAUGGUCUGCAUCUACACACCCAAAUCACUACAUUAAGAUAUUUUCUAAUAGCAGUACUUUAUAUUUACUUAUUUUGCAGGGUUUUAUACAAUCUUUCCAGGCUCAUUGCUUUCUAAAUGGUCACCGGUUGCUUAUAUAACAUUUUUUUUUACAGGUGAGCGUUAUUUGUUAAAGGUUGAUUGCUGUGGAAUGCGUUGUCCCAUGUGUUCUUGUAAAGACCUGUUAACUUUCUUUGCAGAGUGGAGAAGGUUUCCGAGCUGUAUUCAGGGCCUCGAAGUGGAGCCUACUGGUGGCGCUGGACGUGGACUGGCACCUUGUCAUGCCCGGUGGAAGAAGGGGUCCAAGCCGGCAACAACUGAGCCGUUCCGCUUUGCCCUCUCUGCAGACUUUAGUUGGUGGUGCUUGUGGCAAUGGCACAGGGCUGAGAAAUCGGUAAGAGAUUUUUUUUUUUAAAUUCUUCCAAAAAUAGUAAUGUACACAUAACUUGGAAUGUGGGGACUGGAGGGAUUUGUAAGCUCCAUAUGUUUAGACUUUCUCUUAAAGGAGCACUACAGGGUCAGGAACACAAACCUGUAUUCCUGAUCCUAUAGUGUUAAAAUCACUAUCUAGCCAUUUGGCCCCCCUUACUACCCUAAAUAUAGUAAAAUCUUACCUUUAUCCAGCUGCUGGUGCUGACUUUGCCCCUGAUCUACCUUCCUGGCUGACAUCAUUAGAAAUGGUGAUCUGAGCCAAUCACAAUGCUUUCACAUAGGAAAGCAUUGGAUUGGCUGUGAUUGCCAGGGAGGUGGAGCAGGCACGGAGCCAAAUGCUACCCUGGGGCCAGUCAGCAUCUCCUUAUAGAGAUACAUUGAAUCAAUUAAUCUCUAUGAGGAAAGUUCAGUGUCUUCGUGCAGAGAAUGUGCAGCACUGCCCCAGGAAGCACCUCUAGUAGUUAUCUGAGGAGUGGCCACUAGAGAUGUCCCUAGUCUGUUAUGUAAACACUGCCUUUGCUCUGUAAAAAAAACAGUUUACUGCAAAAAGCCUGCAGGGGCUGAGUAUACGCACCAGAAUAAUUACAAUAAGCUGCAGCUGUUCUAUUGACUUUAGUAUCUCUUUACAUUUUAAGAGAACACAGUAUCUUCAUGCAGAAAAUCAAUCAUGCCCUGGAUUUGGUUCUGUCAAUGUAAGGAUUAAACAUUUAUAUCUAUAAAGCGCGGAAUUUGUUGAUAUAUAUAUAUAUAUAUUUUCAAUGCAAGCAAUGUAUCUAAUGCAAUUUUAAAAAAAUGUGCAGUCCGAGGUAAUCCCAGCCAAGCUAGAGCAAAAACUCAAUGUUAUUAUGUAGGUCUCUGGGGUUAAUUAUUAUACAAGAAAAAGGCAGAAUGUAAUAAAGGAACAUGUAUUAUAACCAUACAACAAAAUAUAUUACAAAGCUGUACCAGAAAGCCAUUGAAUUAAAAACUGGAAAAGAAAAUAAUUUCCCACUGUCCUGGUGGAAUAAAAGCCACUGGUAUUUUAAGGCACAGCCUGUAUUUGAGGCUGCCUGGCCGUGCUGGUAUUGCAGUAUUACCGGCAAUACAAAUGCAAAUAUUUUUCUCAGUAUAAACGGAGAUUACUCUGCAAUACCAGCACCGUGUAUGGAGAGAGGCAGGGAUAGGAAGUUAACGCAUAUCCCUCCCUGCCUCUCUCUACUCACUGAUACACAGGGGAGCAGCUACACAGUACAGAGAGUUCAGACAGCAGCUCCCAGCCUGCAGAGACAGACUACAGCUCAGGGAAGUGAGGGGAAAGGCAUCAGGGAGAUGUGGGGACACUGUGAGAUGUGGGGACACAGACACAUGGGGACGCUGUGAGACAUAGGUAGACACAUUGGGACACGUGUCCCCAUGUCUCCCAGUGUCUGUGUCCCCAUGUCUCCCAGUGUCUGUGUCCCCAUGUCUCCCAGUGUCUGUGUCCCCAUGUCUCCCAGUGUCUGUGUCCCCAUGUCUCCCAGUGUCUGUGUCCCCAUGUCUCCCAGUUCCUAGUGUCUGUGACCCCGUUUCUCCCUGUGUCCCCAAGUGUCUGUGUCCACAAGUGCCCCCAUGUCUCCAAGUGUCUGUGUCCACAAGUGCCCCCAUGUCUCCAAGUGUCUGUGUCCACAAGUGCCCCCAUGUCUCCAAGUGUCUGUGUCCACAAGUGCCCCCAUGUCUCCAAGUGUCUGUGUCCACAAGUGCCCCCAUGUCUCCAAGUGUCUGAGUCCCCAUGUAUCCUAGUGACACAGGACACACUGAGACAUGGGGACACUUGGAGAAAUGGGGACACAGAAGCUGGGUGACAUGGGGACACAGACACUGUGAUGCAUAGGGACAUUGAUGCCAGGCUGGCCUUCCAAUUCUUUGGACAGACAUGCCCCCUUUUUGGGCAUGUUCGACCCUUCUGUAAGUUUUGGUCAUGUGAUUUGCAUCAGUGGCCUACUCUUUUACCCCGCCCAUUGGCUUCCUGCUUCACUGGACACUGCUGUUGGUAUGGAUUUACUUGAAAGAUGAAAGCAUAAAUUAGAUAAAGAGAUUAGCAUAGAGUAUGUGUUUUCUUAUAGCUGCAUCCUUGGAGUUUCCCUCCAACACCAACUCCAUCAGAUACAUGAUGCUUGGGAGGUAUGACUGUUUUAGUGUUUUUCGUUGAUAGGAUUCUGUAAUUAGGCCCCAUCAUAAUUGUCAGCACCAGGCCCACUGGGCUCUUAAUCCGGCCCUGCCCAGUGCAACUACAAGUUGGCUCGCCAAAUGUUUUAUAAAGUUUCAAGGUCAUGUUGGAUAUUACAUGCACUUUUAUUUUGUCACGAAUUGGUAGGUCUGCUUUCCUUGGGAGGGACAGGUGUUUGGAAGGGCAAUACAUGCACCUUCUGCAAAUAUAAAAUACACCAUACUUUUGCAAAUGUGCUUCUAGUCACAGGCUAAUGGGGUCUAAUCACCACCUCUAAAAAAAAAAUAACUUGGUGACAGACAUAUCUCUUAUAUCUAAUGAGCUAGAAAAACACAUUCUUCCAAAAACAUUUCCCCAAAUUUAAACUAGUGAAUCUUAAAAGGUUACUCCCGGUAUCAUAACCACUACAACCUGCUGGAGUGGUUAUGAUGUAAGGAGUACUCCAUAGCCAUUGCCUCUUACCUGGGUUUGGUCUCCUCUGUCGGCUUCUGCAGAGCUAUGGAAUUCAGAUGUUGAUUCUGUCAUUAUGCAUUGGCUGAGACAGCGAGCUGAGUGCCUCGGCUAAUGACAUCCUGUGCAUAGAAAUCAUCACCAAACUCUUGUUCCGGUCUGGCUCCAGUGGCAUUUGAGAUGGAAUUUCACCUCCAGCAGCAAACGUUUAAUCGAAAUUGCUGAUCAUUCAGACUCCAGGUACUACUGUAAAACAAUGAAGUGGUCAUGGUGCUUGGGGGUUACCCUUUAAUUCACAGGUAUUUGCACCCCAGAUAUUGUGGACUAAAUCUCCCUUAAUGCUCUUACAGCUUUAAUGCAUCAGGGGAGAUAUAGUCCAGAACAUCUGUAGUGACAAAGGAUGCCGUCCUUUGCAAAUCAAACUGUAGGUUUCAAGAAAUAGGGAGUAUCUCAAAUUUCCCUGGACCGUUCCGGUCAUAGGUGACAUUGCCUCUACACUCAUUUUUAAUAUGAUGUUUGUGUAUCCCUAUAUUAUGUGUUUGUGAGGAAAUAAAAGUAAACUUUGGAAUCCUAAUCUCUUUAUUCUGCAACUGGGCGCCUCUGUCUUGGCUCCCUGUCAAUCAUUGUUAUGUACGUGUCCUUUGCACCUGGCAGUCAGCAUUAAGAAAGCAUACACAGAAAAGGUGACCUGAAUCAGUGUUUCUCCUCCUGAUUUGCAAUGUUUGCUAUGGCUUUACAUUGUCUGAAUUGGAUUAUGUUGACGUUUCCUUUCAUAUUUAUAUUCAUGCUUUGCAAACAGAUGGUUUCAUGGGAAGAAAAACAAAGGUUAACACAAGUUAUUUGUGAUUGUAUUUAAUAGUGUAAAAAUCCAAAAAUGGGACUGUUCCUCUUUUAACAACUUACUCACACACCGUGAGAGGAUAUUUUUGCCAUUUUUAAUCUUGGGGUAUUUUCCAGAGGUCACCUACAAUACUAAAUACACGAGAGGCGCAUUAAAUGAACACUAUUGUCACCACAACAACUACAGUUUACUGUGGUGGUUCUGGUGUCUAAAGCCUGUCCCUGCAGGCUUUUUUUUCCAUGUAAACACUGCCUUUUCAGAGAAAAGGAAGUGUUUGUAUUCCUGCCUAGGAACACCUUCACAGGUAGUCACUCAGAUGGACACUAGAGGUUCUUCCUGGAUCAGUGCCGCACAGCGUUGCUUAUCAAUUCUGAUCAGGGGUGGGGCCAGCACCUACGGAACGGCACAAAACUGGAAUAAAGGUGAAUUUUAACACUAUAUUUAAGGGGGCAAGGGACCUAUAUAGUAUUUUUAACAUUAUAGGGUCUGAUAUACAUGUUUGUAUUGCUGACCAUAUAGUGUUCAUUUAAGCCAUUUAAGUUUAUCAUAAGUAUAUGAUUUAUUUUGAUUUAGGAAAGUGGUCCUCGAGGAACAGCAGCUAAUGGAUAACUAUAGUGGGCACAUGUCCCUGUUUUGAUGUUAGGCUGUCCAAUAUCUCCCUCGUUGUUUAUUUAUCAUCUGGUUAGCCUUGUUAGAAAUAUCUGUCACUUAGACAGUGUACCUAGUAACCAUUUCCAUAUCUCUCUCUCUCUCAUAGGAAUGGUAGCGCUGUUGGCCUUACGGCCCCUCCCAUUACUGCCUUGAUCACCCCUGAACCGGUGCGUCAUUGCCGCAUCCCUGAUCUGCCGCUGGACGGAAGCCUACUCUUUGAGUUCCUCUUCUUUAUUUACCUAUUGGUGGCACUCUUUAUCCAGUAUAUCAACAUCUAUAAAACAGUGUGGUGGUACCCCUAUAAUCACCCGGCCUCGUGUACCUCACUGGUGAGACUUCUUCCUAAAGAUGUUAUUGGCUGCAGCAGCUUGUCUUUUACCUUGUGUUAUAGUAUUUUUUUUUUUGUUUUGUUUUUUUACAAGUCUUAUAACAAAUGAUUUAUUAAAUGUUAUUUUUUUAAAUAUCAUCUAAAAACUAUAUAUAUGUAUAUGUGUUGUGUUUUUUUAUAUAUAUAUAUAUAUGUGUGUGUGUGUGUGUGUGUGUGUGUGUGUGUGUGUGUGUUUACCCCUGCAUAUAUGCGGUAUAGCUACCCUGCUGAAUAAAGGUUGUAAAUCAUUUAGAUAGAGCUGAAUAUCUAAAAUGUAUUAAAUAAACCAAACAUAGUGCAACAAUGUGUGAUAAUGUGUAAAUUAGUAGUUGCUCUCAUUGUACUCACAGACUUCAGUGAAAUUUCAGGCACUUCACAAAGUAUCCAAUCGGUCCUUAUCCUGAAAUUUCACUGUAGUCUGAGUGCAAUCAGAGCAACUACUAAUUUACACAUUAUCACACAGUGUUGCACUAUGUUUGGUUUAUUUUAUACAUUUGAGCUAUUCAGUUGUAUCCCGCUGCUUUUUGUCUUAUCUCUUUUGUCUAUACAAGAUCACUAGGGAAGUGAUCGUGGGAAGCUGUUUAUAAAGGUUAAGUUGAUUUGUUUUUUUUACCUCUAUUUUGUAUUUGGAGUGUUAUUUUGCCAAUUUUAAGUAGAGCUGUAGUCCAGGGGGAACAUUUCUGAGGAUGCCAAUUGCUCUGAUUUUUUUUUUUUGAUUUUUUUUAAUUGAAGCUCAAAAUUGGACAAACUGUAGCAGAAGUUCUGACCACAAGUCUGCUUUAACUUUAACACUGCGAGGCUAGAGCCCAGGGGCUAUUUGAACCAUAACAACUUUAAUGAGAUUUAGUAAUUAUGGCGCUUAGUGCCACUUAAACCCUAAAUAAGUUAUAAAAAAAAAACUGUUCUUUACACUAUGUUAAGACAAAAAAACAGUCUCUCCUACAACAUUACGUACUGCUGUCUUCUCAUGAAAUAGCUUGUGUUAAUGGUGUCCACAAUGAUUUCAUUAAAUCAGAGUUGUAUGUUGUUCUCUUGUGUGAAAUGUCACCAUAGCUGGCUCUCAGACCCCUUCUACUAUGGAAUGUUUCCUGCAGGUACUUUCAUUCCUGCCGGUCUAUAUUUUAUAUUGCUUAGGAUGAUUACAUGAGAUUCUUUAUCAAGGAAGGUAUGGAGAUCAGUAUCCUGUAUGUUCGUUGGCUCAACACCAUCUAAAAUGUGCCUACUUGUUCCAAAGGGGAAAAAAGUAACCCUUUAACCCAGUAACCCAUUAUAUCUAAUUCUGUUAUUUUAGGCUAGUCCUUACUGACCAAGGGGGAGUAACUGCUGCCUGGCUUGUCCACGUUCACUCUAUUUGAUUGUAUUAACGUAUCUCUACAUUUGUGUUUCACUGUAUUUUUUGGUGCAACAUUUUCUUACCGAUACAAUCAUUUUCUACCAGUUCUUUUCACCGAUAAUCACGUACACUUUGUUCUUGUUUUUACAGAAUUUCCAUCUCAUCGAUUACCACCUAGCAGCCUUUAUCACCGUGAUGUUGGCUCGGCGCCUGGUCUGGGCCCUUAUUUCAGAGGUAACUGUACCCUGCUUUCUACCUCUUCUAAUCUGUAGAUGGUCUUUAUUUCACUUCUCACUCAGUACUUUGCUUACGGGGGUUGAGAAACUGUAGUACACUAAUCAGUCUUCUUGGAAAGGUCCCUGCAAAUGUACCUGUCAGUUCUCACAGUGCUUGAACCUCUGUCUACUGGCUUACAUUUCUUUUACUUUCUAUUGAAAGAGAAAUGUUACCUAACAAUCCAUAGUUAUGCUCUUAGCUGUCAUCUGGAAUAAUGGAGUCCUGCACAAGUAUGUUUGAUAUAUAUUUUUUUUUGUUCCUCUGUAUUUCUACUAAGUAUAUUGUACUUAUUUAUUGAGAAUGUUCUACAAUAACCUGUUUAACAUGGCAACAUAUUUAUCCUGAAUAUAUACCACAUAUCUUUAGAAAAACAACCCCCCUACCAUACGAGUUUGUAUGCUUAAAAUAUCCGUAUAGACGUGUGAAAUUGUUUUUGUAUCUGUUUGAACUAAAAGCUAGUGAAUAAAAACUGCAUGAUAAGACUAACUGUAAUAACAAUAUAAUAAAAAUAUGCACAACCAUAACCACUUAAGGACAGCAUGAUAGUGUAUGUCGUCCUGUAUUGUAGGGCUGUUACGCCAGUUGACCGCAUAGACCGUCAUUCAUUAAAAGUACCAGCAGGAUUAAUGCGGAUCCCUUCUGUCAGUUGGGGGCCACAAUUAAUGACCCCAUACUGACAGAUGAGGUAUAAUUGCUCAAAGUGAGUGCUGCACAUAGCCCUUUAAAUUUUUUAAAUACUGGGACUGGUUUCUGAGUCUGCUCCCAGUUUAAAACGGGAAGCACCAAGUAUCUUUCAGUAACCGAGGGUCCCAUCUGUCAACUUACUGCCAGGAGCUGCAUGGCACACUCAGCUUGGCACAUAGCUUGCACCAGAGAUGAGGGAGAUCCCCAGGGUCUGCAUGCCCCUCUGCCCAGUGAUUGCCAUUGGUCUUUGCCAGCUGCCCAGCACUGAACACGGUGUGCAGAAGCUGCAGAAUGAGAGAGAGAUCUCACACUGCUGCAAUCACUCGAUGCAGAGUUUUCAUAGAGCCCUCUGUACUGUGAGCUGGGAAAUCUCUCUUGGUGGGAUUAAGGGCAAAGAUAUACAUGUGGGUUAUCCUUGUACUCCAGAAGAGUAUCGGAAUACAAAUAUGGGGAGUUUGCAGUAGUGGUCAAUGUCAAUAUUUUAACCAAGGUUCAUAAUAAAAUUAUGAAAUUUAAAAACUGUAGUGUUGGUCAAAUAGCCUGGUUGGUAUACUUUCUACAGAUAUAUAGUUUUGUAGUGUGUUUGGAUUUUUGCCGUAUAAAGUUGUAAUCUCACCAUCCCAAAUUUUGCAACGUUUUAGCUUUAAAACUGUAAUUCACUCCUUGCAAUAUUUGUUUUAUAACUUCUAAAAAUUAUUUGUGUGAACCUAUUUUUGAGGUUUAUUAUUUUUUUGUAAUCGUUGCACUUGGGUAGAAAUUGGGUCUUUUUGCUGAUGAUACUAAGAUAUGUAACAGGGUUGAUGUUCCAGGAGGGAUAAGCCAAAUGACAAAUGAUUUAGGUAAACUAGAAAAAUGGUCAGAAUUGUGGCAACUGACAUUUAAUGUGGAUAAGUGCAAGAUAAUGCAUCUUGGACGUAAAAACCCAAGGGCAGAGUACAGAAUAUUUGAUAGAGUCCUAACCUCAACAUAUGAGGAAAGGGAUUUAGGGGUGAUUAUUUCUGAUGACUUAAAGGUAGGCAGACAAUGUAAUAGAGCAGCAGGAAAUGCUAGCAGAAUGCUUGGUUGUAUAGGGAGAGGUAUUAGCAGUAGAAAGAGGGAAGUGCUCAUGCCAUUGUACAGAACACUGGUGAGACCUCACUUGGAGUAUUGUACACAGUACUGGAGACCGUAUCUUCAGAACGAUAUUGAUACCUUAGAGAGGGUUCAGGAAGGGCUACUAAACUGGUUUAUGGAUUGCGGGAUAAAACUUACCAGGAAAGGUUAAAGGAUCUUAACAUGUAUAGCUUGGAGGAAAGACGAGACAGGGGGGAUAUGAUAGAAACAUUUAAAUACAUAAAGGGAAUCAACACAGUAAAGGAGGAGACUAUAUUUAAAAGAAGAAAAACUACCACAACAAGAGGACAUAGUCUUAAAUUAGAGGGCAAAGGUUUAAAAAUAAUAUCAGGAAGUAUUACUUUACUGAGAGGGUAGUGGAUGCAUGGAAUAGCCUUCCAGCUGAAGUGGUAGAGGUUAACACAGUAAAGGAGUUUAAGCAUGCGUGGGAUAGGCAUAAAGCUGUCCUAACUAUAAGAUAAGGCCAGGGACUAAUGAAAGUAUUUAGAAAACUGGGCAGACUAGAUGGGCCGAAUGGUUCUUAUCUGCCGUCACAUUCUAUGUUUCUAUGUUUCUAAAUUGUGACAUGUAAAACAGAGAAAUGUAUAUAUGCCAAUUACUGGUGAUGAGUAACAGCGCUGGGCUGCCCGUGUUGAACUAAACAGAUUAUCAGUGAUGCUGAGGUGGCACUCUUUGGGUUCCAGGGAGAGUUGUAUUUUUUGAAAAACAAGAUACAACUCAUAGACAAAAUAAGCACUACAAUAAACUAUUGUAAAGCACUCUGUGUUGGUGUUUUAUAAACAAAAAAUGCACAUAAAUCCCAAUAAGAAUAUCCGUCAUUGCCUUAUGCAUCCCCCUGUGACUAUUUACAUUACUUUUGUCUUGAUUUAUAUGUUGUUUAUUGAGAUGUUUCUAUGUCCUGUUGUCCCUGUUCUCUAGUAUUUAGAACCCCUUUAUUUCUCAGGCUUCUCAGGUAGGAGCUGCGUCCAUGGUAUACUACACGGCGCUCAUCACAGCACGCCUGGUCCUGCUCACGCUGUGCGGCUGGGUGUUCUGCUGGACUCUGGUCAACCUGUUCCGUAACCACUCUGUAUUGAACCUCCUAUUCCUGGGCUACCCGUGAGUGCGUCUCUUGAAUUCAUGUAGAAAGCCUGACUGUGUUCAGUUCAGUUUGUUUCUUUGCCCUUUGUUUGUCAGGGACGGUGAGCCUGUUGAUUUCAUUGUACACACAGGUGGUAUUGCUGAAUAAGAUACUAUUUAUGGCUCUGUAUGACACAGAUCUAAUUUAAAUGGGAACUCUUACUUUGCAGAAUUUGUGAUACUAUUUUUACCUGUCUCUUUAUUUAACAAAUAUUAUGUGUUUAAAAAAAAAAAAAAGUAAUUAAGUGUAGAAAUCCACAACCUUUUGUUCUGAAACUGGGCUCCUCCAUCUUAGCUCCCUGUAAAUCAUUGUUAUAAGCUCUGUCCUGCGCAAAACAUACAGAGAAGAGGAGGAAUGAAACUGUUUUUAUUUUUUCCUCCUUUAUUGCCAUGUUUACUCUGGCCUUGCCUAAACUGAUGUGGAUUGUGAUGCCAAUGGGACGGGUUCUCCUGCUCUCCCUUGUAAUCCACUGCUCACCAUAGACCUAUAUGCCAUUUUCACAGAGGUCUCUUUUAAUGAUUGACAAGAGGAAGAGGGAUAGGGAUGACAUAUCCACCAUGUUUACCGGGGAAAACAUCACUUCUAUAAAUUUCAAAUGUUUCAGGUAGUAAAUAACUUGACAAAUCAAUCUGGAGCCCUAUUAAAUCAACUUGCUGUAGGGCAGUUUUUUCAUAAUCUGACCAUCAAUGUGAUGAAAUAAUGUGUGUCCAGGAUUUUCUCUCUAAACUUUGAUUUAGAAUGACUCUGUAGGCACUAUAGCCAUUUCAUCUCAUUGAAUUGGCACCUUUGCUCUGUUUAGAGUGGAACGAUUUUCAAGCAGUUUAACACUCGAUGUGGGUCUCUGGCUGCCUACAGCCUGGUCCUCAAUGGAGGUAUGGCUAAGGCAGAGUUUACACACUUCCUUCUAGCUGUACAAAAUUGAAACCAGCAGUGGGCGCUGUGACAGGCUGAAAGCAGUCAGCAUUCAGCUGACACUCUGCUGCCCAUGCUAAUGCUCCAUCUUUAGUCCAGGUAGCACAGAAAGGAUGGGCUGCUGAGGACAUGUAACAUUAUUAAAUUAAAAACGAUUUAGCGCUGAAUAGUAGGAUGGCCCCAGGGAUUCCAGACUCAACCAAUAUAAUGAGAUGAAGCUGUUAGUGUCCCUUUAAAGGGACACUAAAGUCACCUGAACAACUUUAGCUUAAUGAAGCAGUUUUGGUGUAUAGAACAUGCCCCUGCAGCCUCACUGCUCAAUCCUCUGCCAUUUAGGAGUUAAAUCUCUUUGUUUAUGAACCCUAGUCACACCUCCCUGCAUGUGACUUGCACAGCCUUCCAUAAACACUUCCUGUAAAUAGAGCCCUAUUUAGGCUUUCUUUAUUGCAAGUUCUGUUUAAUUAAGAUUUUCUUAUCCCCUGCUAUGUUAAUAGCUUGCUAGACCCUGCAAGAGCCUCCUGUAUGUGAUUAGGGUUCAAUUUAGAGAUUGAGAUACAAUUGUUUAAGGUAAAUUACAUCUGUUUGAAAGUGAAGCCAGUUUUCUUUUCAUGCAGGCUCUGUCACUCAUAGCCAGGGGAGGUGUGGCUAGGGCUGCAUAAACAGAAACAAAGUUAUUUAACUCCUAAAUGACAGUGAAUUGAGCAGUGAAAUUGCAGGGGAAUGAUCUAUACACUAAAACUGCUUUAUUUAGCUAAAGUAAUUUAGAUGACUAUAGUGUUCCUUUAAGUGAAUAUUGAGUGUAGCAUGAAAAAAACAUGUUUUCAAGGUUUGUUUUACCCUGGUCAUGUUUUUUCUCCUUUUGCUAGCAGAUAUGGCAUUGUUAAUGUACAUUUGUAAUAGUUAUAUCCCUCUAAUGUUCUGUUCUUCCCUUGUACCCUUUUACCCAGGUUUGGUGUUUAUGUACCUCUUUGCUGCUUUCACCAAGACAACCGCUCUCAAUCAUUGCCAACAGACUGUGGGUACUAUGUGCAGGACUCUUUAGUUGAGGAUGGUGCUAAUGACGUGGCCAGCCUCGUCCGACCCAAAGACUUCCUCUCUCUCCUGCGGGAAUCCCUGAGAGAGCAGUUAAAUUCAACCCCAUCCAUCCCAACUCACAGUUGCCCGCUGUCCCCUGACCUCAUACGAAACGAAGUGGAGUGCCUGAGAGCCGACUUCAAUCGGCGGAUCAAGGAAGUCCUCUUCAAUUCCCUCUUUAGUGCCUAUUAUGUGGCAUUUCUGCCACUUUGCUUUGUAAAAGUACGUAUUACAUUGUAUGUUGUUUUUGUGGAUCCAUCUGGUUAAGGGGUACUUCAAGCUAAACUCAUUGUUUUAAGAAAAAGGUUAGAGUAAUCGUUAUCCUCAUCCCCCAGGCCAAAGUUUUAAAAAAACAUUUACCUGUUCCAGUGCCAAGUUCUCUCCUAGCCCAAUCCUGCUUUGCUGACAUCACUCCCUCUUGCUGCCAUGGAAGGGAUGUCAGUUAAGACUGACUUGAGGGGAGGACGUGCGCAGCACAGGGAGGGGGGCGUCUGCAAUUCCAAUAGUGGAAAGAAACCGAAGAAAUAGAGGGAUGUCUCAACCACAUGUACAUUAAGAUGCAGACAGAGGACACCUGGAAUACAUUAAUUACUGUAGCCGAUAAAGUGGUAAUGUGGGCUGUCAGAGGUUGUGAUUGGGAUUCUGUGAGCUUCCUGCUUGCCGUACAAAGGUGUAUUGAUAUUCUUAUUUAUCCAUCUUUCUCUUGUAGAGCACCCAGUAUUACGACAUGCGUUGGUCGUGUGAGCACCUCAUCAUGGUGUGGAUCAAUGCCUUUGUCAUGUUAACUACCCAGCUCCUGCCUCCCAAGUAUUGUGACUUGUUACACAGGUCUGCUUCCCACCUGGGACGGUGGCAGAAGUUAGAACAUGGGUCUUACAGCAAUGCUCCACAGCAUAUGUAAGUAAAUGGCUUUUCAACAAGAGUUCAUUCCAUAAACAGCCUCUUUAAAUGUUUAAAUACAGAGCUAAACCUCUUCAUAUGCUGUGUAGAACAAAGAAAUACAGUAGAUUUUUCAUGCUUUUGCUAAAACUUGUCACCGGAAGCUGAGAUUCUAGGAUUUCAAUAGCCUUAAAUGAUGCAACACUGACUGCACCAAUGACCAAACACUAUUAAAAGAUGAUCAUCCUUUGCCCCCAUCUUUGGUUGGUCACUAUUCACAUAAUUCUUGGCGUUGAAUUAUUGCUGUUGUAGUCCAACUACAGUUUAGGGCAAAUGUUUGAACACAUCACUAUUCAAAUCUGGCCAAACCGUAAACCUUUCUAUCCCACAACUCAAAGUACACAUUAUCUGAGCAUAGAUUUUUGACUUCUGCAGAAUGUUUUGGCGAGCAUGGGAUGCAGUUGAGUUUGAGGGGUAAUUGAAAUCCUAAGGACUGAUUAUUUAUUGGUCAGGGACACCAACCAACAAAACAACUUCAUUGAUAUUAAAUUGAUUUGAUCACUGAAAAGCCCCUUUAGUCAAAAAGCACCUGCACUCACUGUUGAAGUAGAUGGAUAGAUACAGAUGUCUUCAGGGAAUGGUCGUUCUGGUUAAUCCAUGUUUGUGGCGAUCUGUAGCAGAAAGCUAGUUUAGUAUAUCUGAAUGAGAGAUGGGGAUCUAACCACAUUCUGACGUGAAUGUGUGGCCUGGUUACAGUUUGACAAUGUGUCAUCACUUCAACGGUUUUAUUUAACAAAACCAUAAUAAAUCAGUUGCUUUAGUGGAGUUCAAAAAUUUGUAAACAUCAUGAAUUAUGUCUAAUUCUCCAAUUUAAUUUAGCACAGGAUUUUAUAUAAAUAGUGAAAAAAAUUUAGGCUAAUUAAAUUUGAAAGUGCAAAAAUGGCAAAGUUAAUUACGUUUUCUCACAGUGCAUAUUUUCAAUACAUACACGGUGUCAAACGUGCACAAUUUAGAAUUUUUACACAGGCUUGGCAUUUUAGCUCAAACAUGCUGCAACCAUCCAAUUUAUAGCACAAAUACCCCCACAAUAACAAAAAAUGGUGUAGAUAAAUGCAAAUGUAAUGUAGACUAUCUGUAAAAACAAUUCAAAUAUAAGGAAUGAGUGGAAUAUGUGCCACACUCACUCAACAGCUUUGGAGGGAUCAAGCUCCUUGUUAGCAUUGGAUCCUAUAGUGACUGUCAAGACCAGCUUCAGACCACAUACUGCCGGCUCCGUGAAUAACAAUGUAGGUUUGUUCCACAAAUAUUAAAGAUCGAAUAUGUGGACAGUCUGAAGUUUGUAUGUGUUUUUUGUUAUCGAAGGGCUGCCAUUAGUUUUCCUCGUCUGUUUAUUUUCUGUUCGCUGAUUGGCUGGAGCACAGUCAGCAGAGCUAUUGGUCUCUCGUCUGCCUGUUUUGCAAAGUUCCAUCCAAUUUCUGUACCCAGAAAUAUUUUUAUAUCUUGUGCAAAAUUUUUUUUUCCCAAUCCAGAAUUUUAUGCGCAUGUAAACAUGAAAUUAUUUCUCGAUAAUUUUGCAAAACAGUAUUACUGUAAUGUCAGCCAUUCAGACAGACCAGCCUCUCUAUGCUAAUGGCCAUAUUGGUCUGUCAGUCCAUAGAAAGCAAUAGGGGCAACAGCGCAGACAGGGGUACACAAGAAAAAUGUUCUUGAUUGUAAGCCCCGAAGCUUCAGCCGCACCUUCACCACACUAAAUAGCAAUGUAAUCCCUAAAACAAAUUGACCUUUCAUUCAUCCAAAAGAUAAUAUUGGUAUCUUGUUAACUGUAUUUGUGCGAGCAUUUUAAUCCCUCAAUUUAGGCAGAAACCGUGAAUGCAGUCAAAUAAAUGGUGAUAUAUAAAUAAUAAAUAAUUCUUACAGAUAAAUCAAAUUUGGCUGACACAAUUAUAGCAAACAUUAUAUGGAGAGGAGGAGAGAUGUCACGUCACCCAUUGAAUUUGCUAAAUGAGCACUUUGCCCAACAAAUUGUGAAAUGUACAUUAAUUCUUCUUAAAAACAAAAAAUUAAUCUUGGUAUGAUGGGAUUUGUCCAAAGCACACAGGAGAAACAAACAACACAAUCCAGCAGACACCAAUAGCAAACAUCAUAUGGAGAAAUGUCACCCAUAGAGUUUUCAAAGGGAGCUAUUUGCCCGAUAAAUGGUAACAUAUACAUUAAUGCUUCUUAAACAAACACACACAGACGCACACGCUCAAUGAAACACAAUCUCACUGAUUUGAAACACACUCACUGUGACACACACUCAAACAUUCUCAAUGACACACACAAUAUCAUGAUUUGAAGCAGACACUCACUGACACACACACACACACACACACACACGCAAACUCUCAGUGACAGGCGCACAAUAUCACUGAUUUCAAACACUCAGACACACUCAUUGACUGACACUUUUUCUUUUUUUUUUUUUUUUUGACCCAUCCAGCCUCCCUACCUUUAGGUGGGCUGGUGUGGAUCCUCGCACUGGGGUCCAGUGGGGAACCCCCAAAAAAUGUAAAAAAAAAAAAAAAUUAUAUAUUUCAAUACCAGAAUGAAAAUCUUUUAUAUUUAAAAGAAGAAAAACUACCACAACAAGAGGACAUGGUCUUAAAUUAGAGGGACAAAGGUUUAAAAAUAUCAGGAAGUAUUACUUUACUGAGAGGGUAGUGGAUGCAUGGAAUAGCCUUCCAGCUGAAGUGGUAGAGGUUAACACAGUAAAGGAGUUUAAGCAUGCGUGGGAUAGGCAUAAGGCUAUCCUAACUAUAAGAUAAGGCCAGGUACUAAUGAAAGUAUUUAGAAAAUUGGGCAGACUAGAUGGGUUCUUAUCUGCCGUCACAUUCUAUGUUUCUAUGUAAAAUAUAUGUGCGCAACACAUUUGUCUGUGUGUGUGCUCCCUCAAAAAUGUGUGUGCCGCGUGCACUCCUUAGCGGAAACAGUGCAGUGUAGGCAUGUGCAUGUCUGUAGACUACAGAAUUGGCGCUCUCUAUCUAAUAUUAGGAGAGCUUUUAUAAUUGUUAAAACUAUAGGAUGUAAUGAUCUCUCUUUGAUUCUUCUUUGUUUUUCUCCCCCUCACUCAGCUGGUCAGAACACACAGUUUGGCCACAAGGUGUCCUGGUACGACAUAGUCGCAGUUUAUACAAAGCCGUGGGGCCGUACAAUGUAGCAGUGCCUUCAGAUGUCUCUCAUGCCAGGUUUUAUGUAUGUAUUCUGGUCCUUCAUGUCACAUGAUAUAUUUUUGAAAUCUAAAUCUGAUUGCUCUACCCAUAUCACAAUCUUUUCCCUUUUCUCAGACACUUCUCUUCACCUGUUUAUUCUUGACCAUAUUAAUUUGUACAUACAUUAUUAUCACAUGACCUAUCCCCUGCGGGAUGUGCAGGCCAUCUCUGCUGUUUUUUGGUUCCUUAUUGAUUACCUGCUCUUGUUGUUCCUUUCCACCAUCUUUUCACACUUUUCCUCUUUAUCUACCACUACAUCUUCCCCUCACCUUCCGUCUUUCUGUUUUUACAAAACCAUCCUAUCCCUUGGAUCGCCAUUCUAGUGUACUCUUCAAUUUCCCAUGCCCGCUCCCAAUGCUAUCCUUCUCUAUCUCACUCUUCGAGUCUCUCGUUUUCCUCCUGCUUCUCAUACACAAUAUCUGCUUAAGAAAGCUUUUUAUUUUUAUUUUGUGACUGGUGUUUGUUUUCUCCCUGCAGUUCUUGUUUCAUCGGCCAUUACGGUUGCUCAAUUUGCUUCUUUUUAUUGAGGGCAGCCUGGUGCUGUACCAGCUCUAUUCCCUGCUACGGGCGGAGAAGUGGAACCACACGCUGUCCAUGGCGCUCAUUCUGUUCUGCAAUUACUAUGUCUUGUUUAAACUCCUCCGGGACAGAGUAGCACUGGGAAGAGCAUACGCGUACCCCAUCAACAGCUACGGACUGAAACCACAUUGAUCUCCCACCAAUGGAGAACAUAUCAGAAAAGGAAAAAAAAAAGCAGGGGAAGUGGGGGAAUACGGGAGCAGGGGGGGAAAGAAAAAAAAUGGAAAAAAAAAAUAUUUUCAUACAGUUCUAUUUUUUUCUUGCAAUGUUUAUAAAUAUUUAAGAUAUUUUAUAUUUUGUAUACUAUUUUGUUGUGUUCACCAGGCAGGGAGGGUGGUCACUGGGGCUACCGAGAUGUCUUUUAUUUUAUAAAGCAGGUAUUACUCGAUACAUAUACAAUGUUUGUAUGUGCAUAUGAUCUGCGUGGUAUGUAUGGAGACCCAUAGCACGCACACAACAAUUCCUCAGUGUCAUCUAAAAUGGGCAGACCACAAGGCGUUAGUUAUAAGUCCACAAGUGGUCUUCCUUGCAUUCAGUGUAUUUCAGUGCCACUUGCCUGUGUUAUGGAAUCGCAGCGCUUGAUAGUAUUGAGAAAAGAAAAAUAAAAAAAAUAUUCAUUUUCAUACAAUUUGUUGGCGUUCUGUGUUGGAAAGGGAACGUGCUCUGUUACCUCCCUAAAGAGGGCGUUAUUCUCUGUCAGCUCCCUGGCGGAGGUGGUAGGGGAUGGAAUUUUGAGAUGGUUACUCAGGGCUGCAUGGGAGGUGUUUUCAAACAAACAGGAUGCUGCAGGUAUGUGAGAGAACUGCAAGGCUCGUACAAUAAAUAUGUACAAUUUUUUUAAUAAUGUUAG